AUGGCUAUGAUCAAGAACACAAAAGUGGACAGCUCUGGAAAAAUCACACUAUCUCCUAUGGUUAUAUUUCCAGGUUACAUGGAUGCAGAACUUGCAAAAAAAUCAGAUUUCAAGGCCAAGAUUCUAAAAAAUGGAGCCACUAUAAAGUCUGAGAGCAGCCAAGAAGAAAACAAGAAAACAUUAAAGAAAGAAAUCACAGAUUCUGAUGAAUCCUUGACAUCAAGGCACAAACCAGAGUCAAAAAGCAAAGCAAAAGGCACUGAGUUGGAGAAAGGCAAGAUAGGAAUGGAGGUCAAGGAAAAGGAGAGUGACACCAGGAUACUAAAAGAGGAAGACCAAGUAAAGGUGAGUGACAUGGGAAUACCACAAGAACAGGAGGCCCAAGUAGAGAUGAAUGAUACCGGAAUACCACAAGAACAGGAUGACCAAGUAAAGAAGAGUGAGUCUGGAAUACCACAGGGACAGGGAUCCCAAGUAAAGAAGAGUGAGUCUGGAAUAAAACAAGGACAGGGAUCUCAAGUAAAGAGUGACACCAGAAUACCACAAGGACAGGAGUCCCAGGUAGAGAAUAGUGAAGCUGGAAUACCCCAAGGACAGAAGUCCCCAGUAGACAAUAGUGAGUCUGGAAUACCACAAGUUCAGGGGCCUCGAGUAAAGAGAGAGAGUUCUGAGGAUCAAGGAAAGCAGGGAGAUGCAAAGAAGAAGACAGAUACAGAAGAAAAUGAUGCUAUGAAGAAAAGUGAUGAAGGAAAGCACAAAGUUAAAGGAAAGAAAGAAUCAGAACUUAAGAGGAAAAAAAAAGUUCAGUAAGAAGCAAAGACAAGUAAGGGAAGAAAGUACAACAAAAAGAUGGAAAGAGUAAGGGCAAAUAAAAUGAAAGCUCAUAAGUCAACUGAUUAUUAUGAUUCCCAUCCUCCAGAUGCAAGUCACAACCCAGUUAUUGCUUAA